CUUGCAGCGGUGCAUUAUGGGAUACAACAAGUGUAACCGCAGUGCUAAUUCGGACAUAACAGCGAGUAAAUAUAGAAUUAAACGUUUUCUCUAGUGGUUACGGUGUCAGUAAACUUAUGGGCUAUUAAAUGUUUUAAUUCGUCACUAUGUCAACGAAAGCGGAAUACAGGGUCUCCAGCUCCACGUCCAGAACAGAAGAAAGGAGGAGAUCAAGGAGCAGAGAACGAGAAAAAAGGAAGAGGAAGCAAAGCCGUGACAGAUCUUCCUCCUCAUCCUCCAGUUCCUCGUCUUCGUCCUCAUCGUCGUCGCCCUCUUCAGGUUCGUCGCGUUCCUCCAGCAGCAGUCGGAGCAGCUCGAGCAGCAGCGACUCUCGCAGUAAAUCCAGAAAACAGUCAAAGAAAAAGAAAAAGGAGAAGCACAAAAAGAAAGGAAAGCGAGAAAAGAGGCAUAAGCACAAAAAGGACAAGAAAUCUAAAGGAAGAGAGAACUCUGGACCUGUUCAGAUCUCUAAGUAUUUGAAGGACAAAGAAAAAGGCAAGUACAGCAUGAUUUCAGGGAAGAAGAUAAAGAUGAAAGUAAAGAAGUCCAAAAAAGACAAGCAGAUGGAUAAAAACCGAGCGGAACUGCUUGAAUUCCUAAACUCUACCCUGUGAUGCCUGUGGACGCCUCUCCUGUCGGACUUGUCAGCAGAACUCAGGAAGCAACAAGUUUUACUUUCUAGAAGAAGAAACGAAUCCGUUUUCUAACAGGAAGUAGAAAAAGGAGUGACUUUUAUCACCACAGAGGGGCAGCAGCGAGCUGGACUGAGCUGGGAAGACACAUCCAGUCCAUUAGCAGGUGAUUAUCUUCAGGUCAGUCUCAUAGUCUUUAUGUCAGGAGUUUUCUUUGUGAUCAGAUUAGACAUUAAAUUUUGUGACUUACCUGCUGUCAACUCUGCUUCUGGGUGAAACGUGUUACGCCUUUAAACAACUUAUCCACCAGUUUAGACUCACAAUGAAACCACCGUCGUCCAAAAUGCAAAUCAGCCCCCAUGCAGUCUGUCCUUCAUGUCUUCAGUGCUGUAAGAGGUUCCUGUUGCUCUGAGUUUCAUGUGGAAAUGUCGAUUCUUUAUAAAAGUAAUUGGACAACCAACAUCUGAGGAUGUUUUUUCCUCUAAAAGAAAGAGCACUUCCCAAGAUUAUUCAACUAACUUUAAUGCGAGAUGUUCCAUAAAGUUCUCAAUACUUGUUAAA